UACACGGAGAGCCAACCUGUGGGGGAGGGUGUAUGUGUAAGAACUCAGGUGUGUUCUAAGUAUUUCUGUCAUUCAGCAACCAAACCAUCAAUGGGAAACACAACUGAAAGCACCUGCUAUAACAGCUGAGCUAUUAUCAGCAGCACCAACUGGCACUAAAGACCUACUCACAGACAAACUGCUGUACUUCUAAGACAUUACAGAGAAGAAACUGUGCAACAUAAAGUGCAACACCAGACUUGUGGCCUAGCACCUUGCAGAUGGGUACUUUCAUAGGACAUAUCUCCCCUGGAUUAGCUUUCUUGUCUUUUGGCCUCUUGUAUGCUGUCCGCUACGCCUGGAUGGUACUCAAUGGUUGCCGUGAUCAGUAUCCAGCAAAGAACAAGACAAACCGUGGAUUUCUGAAAUCAUUGCCAGCUGAGGGUGUAAUGAAGUUAAUUUAUGGCUUUAUGGCUGUUAUGGCAGAAUUCUUCUUUCCACCUGGGGUUCAGAAACUUCGCUUCUUCAGUUUAAGUGAUCCUAAUUUUCAUUUCCAGAACCCCAAUGAAUGGCAGCAUGCCACCAUGUAUGGAUACUUUUGCAUGAGCGGGGCAUUGGAUAUUGUAAGUCAAGCUUGUCUGUCCACUCGUUGCCCACUACUUGAACAUGCUGGAACCACUGCUGCCUUUUUUGUUACCACCCUUCUUCUUAAGUUCCAUGCCCAUGGGAAAGAAGCUGUUGAGGUUCAGGUUCACCUCUUGCUACUUCUUACAUGUGCCAUCACAUGUGCUAUCUUCAUUUUUGAAUUCUGGUGGCCCAACCAACCCAAAUUGUGGUUUACCAAGGCAUGGUUGGUGUUGGUUCAGGGAACAUGGCUGCUUCAUGUUGCUUUUAUUUUGUACAAACCCCCUACUGGCCAAUAUUGGAAUGGGGAAGACCCGGCUGAUCUCAUGUUCCUCACAACCUUCUACUGCUGGCAUCUGGCCUUUAAUUCAGGCUUAAUGGGAGCUUUGUUUUGGGCCACCUACCUUGUGCACCGCCGUGUUGGGGGUAAAUUAAAAAAUACAGGCUACCAGCUGGCUGAAAAUGGAGAGUUAGAAAAACUUACACUAUAUGAUGGGGAUGAGGAACUUUAAAGUACAUGUAAGCAAUACAUAUUUUUAUACUAGAAAUAGCAGAUAAGAAAAACGGUCAUACAAAUGUCUACAAUUAAAGAACAGAAUGUGUCAUGUGAGUACUAGAUCCAAAAACAGAUCAAAAAGGAGCAGUUACUAAUUCAAAUAGACAUAGGGGAAGUGAUGUUUGCAGGAUGAAGCCAAUCAUCCAAGCAAUAACAUAUUGCAAUGGUAAACAGUCCAAUGAGAGUCGUAAAUCGUACCACCAGAUAUUUCUGCCAUAAAGUGGCAUUUAUUACAGCUAUUCUGUCACAAUGAAAAUAUUAUUUAAGAAUUUAAGAUUUCAUUGGCAAAGUGUAAUGUGGUAACCUGCAGUUCAUCAGCAUCAUUUAUACAGGUUUACAUGAAUAUGGUAAAUUACUCAUGUAAUAAAAUAAUGUUUCAUA